AUGAGAGGGCUGAACUUCUUGAAUUAUAUAUUCCAAGUUUUUUCCAUUCUGUCUUUGUUACUGCCAAGGGAAGCCUUUGGCACGGUGACUUGCAGGCGCAACGGCCAUCUUGAAUGUUUACCACGGGCACCCACGGCCGAAACUCGCAACGGCACUUACCAUGGUAUUCAUAACGAUAAUUAUAACCAAGACUUCUUCCUUGGCAUUCCUUACGCCCAGCAGCCUGUUGGAUAUCUUCGAUUACGAACACCACAGUCGCUUAAUGAGUCAUGGACCAUGCCAAGAAACGCAACAGAAUAUUCACCCGCUUGCGUGGGAUAUAAGCAGAGUGUUGGUGCUUCUGAAGCUUGCCUGACGCUCAACGUCAUUCGACCAAGUGGAGUGUCGCCGAAUGAGAGACUUCCAGUUGCUGUGUGGAUUUACGGCGGAGGCUUUACCUCGGGCAGCUCAGCAAAUCAGCAGUAUAACCUUAGCUUUAUCGUUGAAGAGUCAGUGAAGGUUAGCUCUCCCAUCAUCGCAGUCAGCUUGAACUACCGCCUUCAUUGCUGGGGGUUUAUGUGGAGCAAAGAAAUCAAAGAAGCCGGAGUGGGCAACUUGGGAUUCAGGGAUCAGCGCCUUGCCUUACAUUGGAUCCAAGAAAAUAUCGAUGCUUUCGGUGGUGAUCCUAGCAAGGUCACGAUCUGGGGUGAAAGCGCCGGUGCAAAUAGUGUAGGAACCCAGCUUAUUGCCUAUGGGGGCCGAGACGAUGGCCUUUUCCGUGCAGCCAUAAGCGAGAGCGGUGCACCAUCCACUUACGACCGUUACCAAAUACCCAAAGAUUGGCAACCUUACUAUGAUGCAAUAGUGGAAGCUGCCAACUGUAACUUCGCGUCAGACACUUUGACUUGUCUGCGGACUGUUCCAACAAACAAGCUACACGCAAUUUUUGAUAAUUCGAGCAUCGUACCAGUCCAUACACUCACUGGCCUAACUGGUCCUCAAUUCGUGCAGGUCAUUGACGGUGAUCUGAUUCAAGAAAGUGCCACUGUACAGCUUCAGCAGGGCAAAUUUGUCAAAGUUCCGUAUAUUAUCGGUGCUAAUGCAGACGAGGGAACAAGCUUUGCUGUGUCAGGGAUUAGCACUGAUGAGCAAUUUCAAACCCUUGUAGCAAGCUGGGGCCUGGAUAACGCCACCGUCGCUAUCUUAACUGCGCUCUAUCCAAACAUACCGGAAAUUGGUAUUCCUGCUUCAAUGGUCGGGAGCCCUCCAGCUGGAUAUGGGGACCAAUACAAGCGUGUUGCCGCAUUCCAAGGGGAUGUUAAUAUUCAUGCUGGGCGCCGACUGGCUAGUCAAGCAUGGGCCAAGCAUAAUGUAUCGGCCUACAGUUAUCUUUUUGAUGUGAUAAAUCAUGGAGCUGGGCCACUUGUCGGAGCAGAUCAUGGCUCGGAAAUAGCGUAUGUUUUUGACAAUGUUGAUGGUGUGGGUUAUGCAGUCGGCCAGAAUCCCAUGGAAAAUGAGGCUCCGAGUUAUCAGCAUGUUGCUAAGAAGAUGUCGAGAUUCUGGAUCAGCUUCUUCGCCGAUAUGACACCGAAUCACUCCCAAGAUAACCACGAAGAUUGGCCCUCUUACAAUUUACAAAAUCCGGAAAUCAUUCUUUUCAACACCAAAUUCGAAUCUCCAGCCCUUGUUAUACCAGAUACUUAUCGAGCGGAAGGUAUUGACUAUAUAAGCAAAAACCUCGCUACCUCUUUUGGACACUAG